CGCGAUACUUCGGACCGUUUCCGUUUCCUUCCCCUCCUCCGUUUCUGCCAUGACCUCUGGCUAUUCACAGGAGGCCGAUGCCGAGUACCUGAAAAAGACGACCCAGGAGUAUGUCCUGGCGGGCAGCGAGAAGCUCACCUCGCCAGAGGUGAAAGGCUACGACUUCAACCAAGGACUCGACUACGAUGCAUUGGUGGAGUCAUACUUGCGCACAGGCUUCCAGGCCACCAACUUGGGCAAGGCCAUCCAGGAGAUUGACCGCAUGCUGGACUGGAGCUUGGCGGACGACCCGGUGCCGGAGGAUGAGGUGGAGGAGUUCAAGGAUCCGGAGGCCCGGAGGAAGGUGAGGACCAAGAUUUGGCUCUCCUACACCUCCAACCUCAUCAGUUCCGGCCUGCGGGAAUCCAUCCGAUUCCUGGUGCAGCACCAGAUGGUUCAGGUCAUGAUCUCAACCGCGGGCGGGAUCGAGGAGGACAUCAUCAAGUGCCUAGCGCCCACCCACCUGGGAGAGUUCGCCAUGGAGGGCCUGCAGCUGCGCCGGAAGGGCCUGAACCGCAUAGGCAACCUUCUGGCGCCCAAUGACAACUACUGCCUCUUCGAGGACUGGAUCGUGCCGAUCCUCAAUGCCAUGCACGACGAACAGGAGAAGGAUGGGAUCGUGUGGACGCCGUCAAAGAUGAUCCAUCGAUUCGGUAAGGAGAUUGACAACCCUGAAUCGGUGUGCUACUGGGCAUAUCGCAACAACGUCCCGAUCUUUUGUCCUGCCAUCACCGAUGGAUCCAUCGGCGACAUGCUCUACUUUCACAGCUACAAGAGGAGCGGCUUGGUGCUGGACUUGGUGCAAGACAUCAGGGGUGUCAACGACCAAGCUAUGAAGGCUCGGAAGACCGGCGUCCUGGUGCUAGGCGGCGGAUUGGUGAAGCACCACUGCAUGAAUGCGAACCUCAUGCGCAACGGUGCAGACUUCGUUGUGUACGUGAGUACCGCCCAGGAGUUCGACGGCUCGGACAGCGGCGCCCGGCCCGACGAAGCCGUCAGCUGGGGCAAGAUCCGGGUGGACGCGAAGCCGGUGAAGGUGCAUGCCGAAGCGACGCUUGUGGUGCCGCUGUUGGUCGCCAAGACCUUUGCGAGCAGGUGGAACCAGGGCCGCUGGCACCCUGAGGGCCGCAUUUUCGACAAGGCCUUCACGGCAACUGAGAUCGAGCGCGAGAAGAAGAAACUCGGCGCGAUGGCGAGCGUGCUGCGGACCAUGAUGCCCCGGCGCCAGUCUGAGACGCCCUCCACCAGCUCCACCACGGCUUCGGAGGGAAGGUCCCAAGAGCCAAAGAAGGAGGGGGAGAAGGACAACAGCGGCGGUCUUGGCACAGCCUUGAACAGCAACACGAGUCACAGCUACGACAAGCUGUCCAUGCCUUGCGACCUCUAUGGCCUUUUCGUCAUCGAGCCGCUGCAGCUGAACGUGAAGGUGGAUGGCCCCAUCAUCUUCUUCCUGGAGAUGGUGCGGACCUUCUUCUUCCUGGUGGUCAACUUUGGCAUCCAGCUGCUGUUCGUCUCCAGGAUUCACAAGAUCAAUCAGGAGAACGAGGGCGCGCAGUGCAGAUCGCAGAAGCCAUAUUUGCAGUUGGUUUGCGUCUUCGUCUUCGCCACCAGCAUCUUCAAGGAGGUGAGAGACUGCAUGGAUUUCCUGGACCUGCUGCUGAGAUGUCCAGUCAAGGAGAAUAAUGGGUACAUCAACAUGGGUGUGGGGGGCGGCGGCUGCGACGGCAGCCGGCACGGCGUGGUUCUGCACGACGACCGGGACCACUGUGGAAGCUUCAAGGAGCGGUGGUUUCGUUUCUCCCGGCUGGUCAAGGGUCACAAGGACCACAGCUGGAGCUUGGCGGGCAUGACUCACAUGUGGAAGCUCGUUUGCAUCCUGCUGGUGGCCGUGCCGCGCCUCAUCCUGGGCCUGGUGCUGCUGAAGGUGGCCUCCGGGUUCAUCGUGCGGUCCUCCGAGGAGAAGAUGGUCACUGACACGGUGGCGGCCCUCUUCAUCUCCGACAUUGGGACCUUCAUGUUUUAUGCCUUCACCACGAACAGCGUGAAGGACAAUUUGAGCAGGAUGCCGCCAUUGGAGCUUCCCUCCACCAAUUGCGCCCGCCUGGUGUCCUUUCUCCUUGUGAACUUCCUGCUGCCGGUCAUCACCGCGGGGCUCUCUGUGGCGAUCGUUUGGUACCUCAGGCGCCAGUGCACCGGGGGUGCGGACUUUUUCGGCUCCAUGUCCGGCAGUGGCUGGAGCGCGAGCGAUGUAUUGGCCAUGUUCACCUCCUGA